GCGGCGGCGGCGAGGGGGGGAGGGCGGGGAGGAAGAGGAGGAGGAGGAGGAAGACGAAGAGGAGAAGCAGGAGGAGGCGAGGAGGAGGAGGAGGAGGGGGGCCGGGCGGCUCGGUGUGGAAUGCAAUUAUGGCUGGCACGGCUGCGGCGAGCGGCGAUCCAAGGCGGCUGACCAGAUCGGCGGUGCCCAUGAUGUCCUGAAUGCAGAGCCAGCGGAAGCAGAGGAGACUGUGUCCUGUUAGCUCUACCUAAUUCUCUCAUCCCUUUAGUUUGGGUUUGUUUCUAUUUAUUUUGUGGCUGGGUUUGGGCACGGCCUUGGCCGGAUGUGACACUGCUGCGAUGUGGCUCCUUUGGCUCAAGCACCACUUGUCCGUCAACAUUUGGACCCUGCUGCUCUUGGGGAGCACCUGGCUACCGCUGGCGGAAGGCAGCCCCAAGUCUCCCUUUAGGACUUUCCCAGUUACAGACUGGAGCUUGACACACUUGGUGGUCCAUAACAAAACUGGGGAGGUUUAUGUGGGGGCUGUCAAUCGGAUCUACAAGCUCUCCAAUAACCUGACGCUCCUGCGGACCCAUGUGACAGGGCCUGUGGAGGACAACGAGAAGUGUUACCCUCCGCCCAGUGUUCAGUCCUGCCCGCAUGGUCUCGUCACCACCAACAAUGUUAACAAACUGCUGCUGGUGGACUACUCUGGGAACCGGCUGAUCGCCUGCGGCAGUGCCUCCCAGGGUAUAUGCCAGUUCCUGCGGCUGGACGACCUCUUCAAGUUGGGUGAGCCCCACCACCGCAAGGAGCACUACCUCUCCAGCGUCAACGAGUCGGGCACCAUGUCAGGGGUCAUCAUCGAGGUACUGAAUGGGCAGAACAAGCUCUUCAUUGGGACGCCCAUUGACGGGAAGUCUGAGUACUUCCCGACGCUCUCCAGCCGCAAGCUGAUGGCUAAUGAGGAGAAUGCAGAGAUGUUUGGCUUUGUCUAUCAGGAUGAGUUUGUCUCCUCCCAGCUCAAGAUCCCCUCGGACACGCUCUCCAAGUUUCCCACCUUUGACAUCUACUAUAUCUACAGCUUCAGCAGCGAGCAGUUUGUUUACUACCUGACCUUGCAGCUGGACACCCAGCUCACCUCGCCUGACUCCACCGGGGAGCAGUUUUUCACCUCCAAGAUCGUCCGCCUCUGUGUGGAUGACCCCAAGUUCUACUCAUAUGUGGAGUUCCCCAUCGGCUGCGUGCAGGAUGGCAUCGAAUACCGCCUGAUCCAGGACGCUUACCUGACCAAGCCUGGCAAGACUUUGGCCAGGUACCUGGGCAUCUCAGAGCGGGAGGAUAUCCUCUUCACCAUCUUCUCCCAGGGCCAGAAAAACAGGGUUAAGCCUCCCAAGGAGUCUGUGCUCUGCCUUUUCACGUUGAAGAAGAUCAAGGAUAAGAUCAAGGAGCGUAUCCAGUCGUGCUACAGAGGGGAAGGGAAGCUCUCGCUGCCCUGGCUCUUGAAUAAGGAAUUGGGCUGUAUCAAUUCGCCGCUGCAGAUCGACGACAAUUUCUGUGGCCAGGAUUUUAACCAGCCGCUGGGUGGGACGGUCACCAUCGAGGGGACUCCGCUCUUUGUGGAUAAGGAGGAUGGCAUGACCUCGGUGGCUGCCUACGAUUACAGAGGACAAACCGUCGUUUUUGCAGGCACACGGAGUGGGAGGAUCAAAAAGAUCCUUGUGGACUUGCCGGCUGACAGGAAGCACCAGGCGCUGCAGUAUGAAAACGUCGUGGCCCACGAGGGCAGCUCCAUCCUGCGAGACCUGGUGCUCAGCCCCGACCGCCAGCACAUCUACGCCAUGACGGAGAAGCAGGUAACGCGAGUGCCGGUGGAGAGCUGCGAGCAGUACGAGAGCUGCGAGCUGUGCCUGGGCUCCCGGGACCCCCACUGCGGCUGGUGCGUCCUCCACAACGUAUGCUCACGCAAGGACCGCUGCGAACGGGCGGACGAGCCCCAGCGCUUCGCCUCCGACCUGCGGCAGUGCGUCCAGCUCACCGUCCAGCCGAAGAACAUAUCGGUCACCAUGUCCGAGGUCCCGCUGGUUCUGGAGGCCUGGAAUGUCCCGGACCUCUCGGCCGGAGUUAACUGCUCCUUUGAGGACUUCACUGAGUCUGAGAGUCGCAUCGAAGAUGGGAAGAUCUACUGCAGCUCUCCCUCUGCCAAGGACGUCAUCCCUAUCACCAGGGGCCGUGGGGACAAGCGGGUGGUGAAACUCUAUCUGAAAUCCAAGGAGACGGGGAAGAAGUUUGCCUCUGUGGACUUUGUUUUCUACAACUGCAGUGUCCAUCAGUCCUGCUUGUCCUGCGUGAAUGGCUCCUUCCCCUGCCACUGGUGCAAGUACCGUCACAUCUGCACCCACAACGCUGCCGACUGCUCCUUCCUGGAAGGGCGCGUCAACAUGUCCGAGGACUGCCCCCAGAUCCUGCCCUCCACCCAGAUCUACAUCCCCGUGGGAGUGGUGAAACCCAUCACCCUGACGGCCAAGAACCUGCCCCAGCCGCAGUCUGGCCAGCGCAACUACGAGUGCAUCUUCCACAUCCCCGGCAGCACCACCCGCGUCACAGCCCUGCGCUUCAACAGCACCAGCAUCCAGUGCCAGAACACCUCGUAUUUCUACGAAGGGAACGACAUCAGCGACCUACCGGUCAACUUGUCCGUGGUCUGGAACGGGAAUUUUGUCAUUGACAACCCCCAGAACAUCCAGGCUCACCUGUACAAGUGCUCGGCCUUGCGGGAGAGCUGUGGCCUGUGCCUCAAGGCCGAUCCGCGCUUUGAGUGCGGCUGGUGCGUGUCGGAGAAGCGCUGCUCACUGCGGCAGCACUGCCUGGCCUACGAGAGCAGCUGGAUGCAUGCCAGCAACGGCAACAGCCGCUGCACGGACCCCAAGAUCACCAAGCUGUCGCCUGAAACGGGCCCUAGGCAAGGAGGGACCCGUCUGACCAUCACCGGAGAGAACCUGGGCCUGAAGUUUGAAGAUGUUCGCUGGGGCGUUCGUGUUGGCAAAGUGAUGUGUAUCCCCAUUGAGAGCGAAUACAUCAGCGCUGAGCAGAUUGUGUGUGAAAUCGGAGAUGCCAGCCCAAGCAAGGUCCACGACGCCCGUGUGGAAGUGUGCAUCCGGGACUGCUCCCCCAGCUACAGGGCCACGUCGCCCAAGAGCUUCACCUUUGUGACACCCACUUUCUCCCGAGUGAUCCCAGCCCGGGGCCCUCUCUCUGGUGGCACCUGGAUCGCCAUCGAAGGAAGCCACCUCAAUGCUGGCAGCAACGUCACCGUGACCAUCGGGGGACGGCCCUGUGCCUUUUCAUGGAGGAGUGCCCGUGAGAUCCGCUGCAGGACUCCCCCUGGCCAGAGCCCCGGUGGGUCCCCCAUCCUCAUCAACAUCAACCGGGCAGAGCUGAGCAAUCCGGAGGUGAAGUACAACUACACGGAGGACCCCACCAUCCAGAAGAUUGAUCCCGAGUGGAGCAUCAACAGCGGUGGGACACUGCUGACUGUGACUGGCACCAACCUGGCCACCAUCAAAGAGCCCAAGAUCCGGGCCAAGUACUGCAGCUCUGAAAGGGAAAACAACUGCACCGUCUACAAUGACACCACCAUGGUGUGCUAUGCGCCCUCCAUCGAUAACCCCCUGCGGAGCCCUCCAGAGGUUGGUGACCGCCCGGACGAGAUCGGGUUCGUCAUGGACAACGUCCAGGCCCUGCUGAUUGUCAACACCACCAACUUCGUCUACUACCCGGAUCCUGUCUUCGAGCCACUCAGCCCCACGGGGAUGCUGGAGCUGAAGCCCAGCUCUCCUCUCAUCCUCAAGGGCAGGAACCUGCUCCCACCGGCUGCUGGUAACUCCCGCUUGAACUACACCGUGCUGAUCGGGGACACUCCCUGCACCCUGACAGUCUCUGAGACCCAGCUCCUCUGCGAGUCGCCCAACCUCACAGGCCAGCACAAAGUCACGAUUAAGGCUGGAGGGUUCGAGUUCUCCCCGGGGACGCUGCAGAUCUACUCGGACAGCCUGCUGACGCUGCCUGCCAUCAUCGGGAUCGGUGGCGGUGGCGGUCUGCUCCUCCUCAUCAUCAUCAUAGUCCUCAUUGCCUACAAACGCAAGUCCCGGGAUGCUGACCGUACCCUGAAGCGCCUCCAGCUGCAGAUGGACAACCUGGAGUCCCGGGUGGCCUUGGAGUGCAAAGAGGCCUUUGCUGAGCUGCAGACUGACAUUAACGAACUCACCAAUGACCUGGAUGGGGCUGGUAUCCCUUUCCUGGAUUAUCGCACCUACGCCAUGCGGGUUCUUUUCCCGGGAAUAGAAGACCACCCUGUGCUGAAGGAGAUGGAGGUACAGGCAAAUGUGGAGAAGUCCUUGACCCUCUUCGGGCAGCUCUUGAACAAGAAGCACUUCCUGCUGACCUUCAUCCGCACCCUGGAAGCGCAGCGGAGCUUCUCCAUGCGGGACCGUGGCAACGUGGCCUCCCUCAUCAUGACGGCGCUGCAGGGGGAGAUGGAGUAUGCCACAGGGGUGCUGAAGCAGCUCCUCUCCGACCUCAUCGAGAAGAACCUGGAGAGUAAGAACCACCCCAAGCUGCUCCUGCGGAGAACGGAGUCAGUGGCAGAGAAGAUGUUGACGAAUUGGUUUACGUUUCUCCUGUACAAGUUUUUGAAGGAGUGUGCCGGGGAGCCGCUCUUCAUGCUGUACUGCGCCAUCAAACAGCAGAUGGAGAAGGGACCCAUCGAUGCCAUCACAGGAGAGGCUCGCUACUCCCUCAGUGAAGACAAGCUUAUCCGGCAGCAGAUUGACUACAAAAUGUUGACACUGAACUGUGUGAACCCCGAGAAUGAAAACGCCCCUGAGAUUCCUGUCAAGGUGCUGAACUGUGACACCAUCACGCAGGUGAAGGAGAAGCUGCUAGAUGCUGUGUAUAAGGGGGUGCCCUACUCCCAGCGACCCAAAGCCGGAGACAUGGACUUGGAGUGGCGACAGGGCAGGAUGGCCCGGAUCAUACUGCAGGACGAAGAUGUCACCACAAAGAUCGACAACGACUGGAAGAGGCUAAACACCCUAGCCCACUACCAGGUGACAGAUGGCUCCUCAGUAGCCCUGGUGCCCAAGCAGAACUCAGCGUACAACAUCUCCAACUCCUCCACCUUCACCAAGUCCCUCAGCAGAUACGAGAGCAUGCUGCGGACAGCCAGCAGCCCUGACAGCCUGCGCUCACGGACCCCCAUGAUCACACCUGACCUGGAGAGCGGCACCAAACUCUGGCACCUGGUGAAAAACCACGACCACAUGGACCAGCGAGAGGGUGACCGGGGCAGCAAGAUGGUCUCUGAAAUCUACCUGACCCGCCUGUUAGCCACCAAGGGCACCCUGCAGAAGUUUGUGGAUGACCUGUUUGAGACCAUCUUCAGCACAGCGCACCGUGGGAGCGCACUGCCCCUCGCCAUCAAAUACAUGUUUGACUUCCUGGAUGAACAAGCUGAUAAGCAUCAGAUCAAUGAUUACGAUGUCAGGCACACCUGGAAGAGUAACUGUCUACCUCUACGUUUUUGGGUGAAUGUGAUUAAGAAUCCCCAGUUUGUGUUCGACAUUCACAAGAACAGUAUUACUGAUGCCUGCCUAUCCGUGGUGGCUCAGACAUUCAUGGACUCCUGCUCAACUUCUGAGCACAAACUAGGAAAAGACUCUCCCUCCAACAAACUACUGUAUGCCAAGGACAUCCCCAACUACAAGAGCUGGGUAGAAAGAUAUUAUGCAGAUAUUGCUAAAAUGCCAGCAAUCAGUGACCAGGACAUGAGCGCGUACCUGGCGGAGCAGUCGCGGUUACACCUCAGCCAAUUCAACAGUAUGAGCGCGCUGCACGAGAUCUACUCCUACAUCACCAAGUACAAGGAUGAGAUAUUAGCUGCUUUAGAGAAGGACGAGCAGGCCAGGAGGCAGCGGCUGAGGAGUAAGCUGGAGCAGGCGAUCGACACAAUGGCCUUAAGCAGCUGAAAAGGCCGCGGCGGCCGUGCCAGCUUCCCGAGCAGCGGAUAGGCAGGAGAGAGGGCCAGCGAGCGGCGGCAGCAGGACACUUUGGGGCUGGGGCCAGACGGACCCGCGGGAGCCGCCGCGCCUCGACACACUUCCCACGAACGAACAAGGAAACCUUGCGCUUUAGCGGAGAAAUCCCGACGAAAGCAGCAACGACAGUUAACAAACAAAUGAACAAACGAACAAAAAAAACCCGAUCCAACCGGGACACACCAGAGACCUUGCAAGGAGGCGAUGCAGGGAGGAGGAGACGAGAGCCGCGUGCCGCAUGGACCCGCCGGGCACCCCGCGCAGCCUCUCCUUGCCCGGGCAGUGCCCCUGCGCCCGCGAGGCGGGAGGGCUGGGACCGCGGGGCUUUCUAGGACGGCAUUUGGAUGUUGUUGUUACUUUGGUGGAGGGAGGGUGGGUGGGCUCCUAUUUUUACUGUACUUGACUUGCUCUCCCUUCCUUCCUUCCCCCCGAGCUCCACCCCGUCUUUUCCCUCCCUGUCUCUCUUUUUCUGUCUUUUCCCCUUUCUCUCUCUCUCUCUCUCUCUCUCUGGCCUUCUGCCACUAGUGUUAACUGCUAUAUUUGCACAAUUUACACAAGACAAACAAAAUUUUUAAUUUAAAGAGAAAAAAAAAGUAUAACAAAAAUGGGAGGGGAUAAAGAUUCUAAAUUUUGCAACAAACUAACGAAAAUGAUUUUAAAAAAUAAGCUAAAGGACUGAUGCUGGGGAGAUUUGGGGGUGGGGGCAGUAGGGGUGGGCAGGAAAGGGAGAAAUCCCUGAGCUUUGAUAUUUCUUAAAAUAUGUCCUGUGCCAUGUUUUAUUUGAAUGUUGUUUAGUGCAAAAAAAAAAAAAAAUCCAAAAAAAGAGAAGUGGGAGUUUCGUUAGCUGAACAGAUGCUUUUAUUUAAAUGCUGCUCGAGUGGUUCUGAAGGUUACGAUCUGGGCUGAGUAAGAUCAGAGAGGAAGGAAGGUCCCAAGGUUUUUGUCCCAGGGGAUCGCUGAGGGGUGAUGGGUGUUUUGUGGAGCUCGUCCUUGUUUUCUCGUUGAAGUUGCUGCAGGGUGGUCCGGGCACAGAGUGGUGGCUCAGCCCGGGGCGCUGCCGCUGGAGCAGAGCCUGGGCACGUCCCGCGCCAGCUUGGCACUGGGGUAUCCCGGGCCUCCGAGGCACCUCUGGGGCUGGAAACGCUCCCGUUUCCUGCCAUGCUCGGAGGUGGCUGCUGGUGGCUUGGGAUGGCAUGGGACAGCUCGGGGCGUGGAGCCAACCUGGGGAGGGCUCUGAUGGAGAGCCGGCCUGGUUUUUUGGUUUUACCCCUCUCCUUCCCUUGGCUCCCGACGUCCCUGUGAGCUGCCCAGAGCUGGGCACCUCCUCAAGGUUUGCAGAUGCCCUUGCCGCUAAAGCAGCCUUAACAAAGCCCCUGCGGGCAGCGCGGCUGGGCCAGCAGCUCCGACCGGGACCUGGACCCGGGUCCUCGCAGCACUGCCAGGUGGGCUCUGCCGUUCAAAGCCCUGGGAGAUGUUAGUCAAAUACUGCUUCCUUUAACAAGGAGUAAGAUCUGAGGCUCGGGGAGCUGUCAGCCCUGCGCUCUUCCUGUAACUAAGCCUUAACCCACAGCAGCCUAAUAGUCCAAUUAGAAGCAGUUUUGACAGGAGCAACAUCAACAGAUUUGUUUCAGGUUAGGCCAGGCAGAUCCCUGGAAGAGGGAAGGGAGGGACUGUGCUGAAAUUUUUGACUGCAUGGUUAAAAACUUUUCCUUUUUUUCUUUUUCCUGUCAUCUUUUUGUGCUGACAUAAGGGGAAGGGACCAGAUCCUGGGGGAGAUGGGUGAGAUCAUUACCGUUUCUGCAGCAAUCUUUAAGAGAUCUGCAGUGCCGUGCCUCUUGCCUCUCCAGCCGUGGAGGCGCUGGAGCAGCAACCUGGGGAGGGGGAAUGCAACGUAGAGCAUGGACAGAGAGCAGGAGAAGCAGCCAAAGCUCACGUCUGCUCGGAGUGAGGAUGAGGAGGCUGCUGCUGAGAGAGGCUGGGGGCCACCGGUGCAGCCAUCUCGGCUGCGACCGCUGUCCACCCCCACGGGCAUCUUCCCGUGUGCUUGCAAACCUUUGCGCCUGGAGUCGGUUACAGCCCGCCAAGAGACCGAGGUCCUGAGCCACAGCACGGGGAUGUAGACGGCUCCAGCAUCCCCGGGAGCCCAAAUUUGUGCAGGAAUUUCCACCCAGGAUUUUACCUUUCUUUUCUCUGUCUUUUCAUUCUUUCUCCCCCUGUGUGUCUCGCUGUCGCCCUGUCCCCCCUCCGCCCCUUCACCCCUCCGGGGAUUGCUGCCUUCUGUCAUUUCACCGGACACCCGGGGAUGUCCCUCCCGCGGCCGCCCCCUCGGAAAUGGCAGAUCCUCGUGGCUUUAUUCUUCCCAGAAAUGAAACGGUGCCGAACGCUGCCCCGACUUGGAGCAGGUGACCAAAACCUUCCAAAAAAUGAGCAAACCAUUUCCUUUUCUGUACUGAGAGCUAAAGUUGCUGCCUGGGCCAAGGCAAAGAGGGGGGCCAAACUCUGCCAGAAAUGGGUGACUGUGUCAAUCAAGUGGAAAGAAGCCCAGCUGAUUUCUGUCCGUUCCCUUAAAUUGCAAGUUAAGGGGGGGGAGAGGGAGAAAUAAUGAAGUUUUUAAUUAAAAAAAUAAAAGUGUGUAUAUAUAUAUAUGUGGUUACAAUCUAAUUCUCGUGCCCCAGUGGGGUGCUGUAUAGUUAACUGACGGAGAAUCAACCCAAUAUAAAUAUGAAAUGAAUUUACACAGCCAGUAAAAAGAAAAAAGGAAUACCAAAUGGUCUGGAAGAAAUUUCCAAGCAUUUCUCACCAUGCAGAACAAUCAUUUGAAGCCUGCACAUCUCUCAUUAUGUUGUAAUUUUGUUUGGGUUUGUUUUGUUUUAAUAAGGAGGGAAGGGAGAAGAUGCUGAUUAAAAAAAAAAACACAACAGCAAAAGUAUGUUUAAAAAAAAAGUAAUAAUUGUUUCCCAAACCUAUGAACCACGAGCUGUUGCUGGAUUUCUGAGAGCUGUGGGCUGUUGCAUGACUGUGCUAGAUUUUAGUCUGAGUUAAUCUUUUUAAGAAACAAAAAAAAACAUAAAACAAAAAAACUGCAAGUGUUAAAUAUUA